AAUUAAGCUACCUAUCAUGGAAUCAAGCGCGUUGUGACUAUCAGUAUAAAUAGACAGCUUCACUAGGGUAUUCACUCCACGGCUACCAUUCUGUAACAGUUGAUACAACAAACCCUCUCAGUCUCAAAUUAACGUGUUUUGUUUGCCCAACAUGCCUCUCAAUACCCAAGCAACAUCCAAGCUGCGCAGCAUAAUCGACGAUGCAUGCGCCGACCAAAAGACCGGUAUUCCCGGUACUACGGUCGUACUGGUCGACAAAUCCGGUGAGAUAUUCGCUCAUUCAGCGGGUACGCGUGGUGUCGGGACCAAUGAGCCCAUGACGCUGGAUAAUAUUUUCUGGAUCGCUUCGUGCACCAAGAUGCUUGCUGGUGUUGCGUGCAUGCAACUCGUUGAGCAGGGAAAGCUGAAACUCGAUGAUGGUGAACAUCUUGAGAAUAUUGUUCCUGAGCUCAAGAGUCUGAAGGUCUUGAAGCCUGAUGGGAGCUUUGAGGAUAAGAAGAAUCGCAUUACACUGCGAAUGCUACUUACUCAUACUGCUGGGUUUGGAUAUACGUUUUUUAAUGAGCGGUUGAGGGAUUGGAGUCAUCCUGCUGGUAUUGAUGAGUUUUCUGGUCGUAUUGAGGACAUCGUCAAGCUUCCUCUUCUAUUCCAACCCGGCGAAGGUUGGGAAUAUGGUGUCGGCAUUGACUGGGCUGGCAUCGCACUUGAACGAGCCAGCGGUCUCCGUCUCAAUGAUUAUCUCCAGAAGAACGUCUUUCAACCUCUGGGCAUAAAAAAAAUGUCCAUGCUUCCCGGUAAAGAAAUGCGCGCCAAGCUAGCUCACAUGCAUCAGCGAGACGCAGAUGGUGCACUGCGAACGCGCGAUCAUCUUCAGCGUCUUCCUCUAGUGACCGACAACGCCAGUGAAAUCGCUUCAAUCUUCCAUAGCGGUGGCGCAGGAAUGUUUGCGCAGCCCCAAGAAUACGGCAAGGUCCUCACUGUUCUUCUCAACGGCGGAACAUGUCCCAAGACAGGCGCUCAGAUCCUCAAGAAAGAAACGGUCGAUCUCAUGCUAAGCAACAGCAUUGAGAAAUUCCCUAAUUUCAGCCGUCAGCCCAUCCCAGCUGCCAAACCAGAUCUGACCAACCCAAUCGGCGAGCUAUACCCCGUCGAUGGAAAUCCACCCCAGGGCUGGGGAUUGACAUUCAUGCUCACCAAUGGAGGCUUCUCAGGGCGAUCGAAGAGUACGGUUCAGUGGGCUGGUCUUGCGAAUCUCUGGUGGUGGGCUGAUCGUGAGCAUGGGGUUGGAGGGAUUGUUUGUACGCAGAUUUUGCCGUUUGCUGAUGCCAAGGUCUUGGGGCUCUGGGCAGCUGUUGAAACUGAGAUUUACAAGGCUGUUCUGUAGAUGAGAUGAGAUUGAGAUGUAGGCUUGCAAGGAUUUUCCAGUAGUUGAGUCAGAAUCGAAGAGUCAGUUAAGACAUUGCGGCAUAACCCGUCAAAACUUCACAGCCUCAGUGCAUCGCGUAAAGUUACACAUUGACCUCGAUAAUGGAAGAGCCUAGAAACUCUGAUCAUCUCGAUCUACACAGUGAAAUCAGGUUGAUGAUUAAAUGAGGUUGUUCUUGGUCGUAAGCCAGGAUAUCCCAGGGUCCCCCCCCCGAAACCAACACAAACUUUGACUAGAAGCACUAAACCAAAAGAGCAAAAAACGCGGGGAAACAAACGCUCGGAUCAGGUAGGAAUCCGGGGAUCCGGAGGGUACGUAGGGAGGGGUAUAUCUGCAAGGGAGGUUCAGAGCUUUA